CUUUUUCUCUGUGUCUUGCUGCCGGCGAAAGCAGUGUGCUUGCCAAUUGGGAGUACCACGUAUCUGAAAACUUCAUUGUUCCGUGCGAAAAAGAAAGAUGGCUUCUACGAAUCUUUUGGGCAGUCCUCGUCCAAAUGUUCCUACCAAUGCCCCCGGCGCGCCGGCGCCCAAGCUGCGAGACAGCUGUCACGCGUGCGCGUCCUCCAAGUUGAAAUGUAGCAAGGACAAGCCGACUUGCGAGCGGUGCAAGAAGCGUGGAAAGCCAUGUGAAUAUUUCGUGACGAGAAGAGGCGGACGAAGGCACCAUCAGCGCGCGACCUCCGUCCCGAAAUCUGCAUCCGCCACCGACUCGGACGUGCAACAAGCAUCAUCUACCAUUUCGGUGGCUACGACGACGAAGAAACCACCUCAAGAUACCUCAAACACGGCCGUUGGCUCAACAAUUGUCUACUUGGACAAGUAUGGAUCCAACUUGGCAGAUAUCGAGCCGAUGAGCCCCGAACACAGUUUGGAGGGUCGGCAUUUUUCCAGUGCCAGCACACCUGAUAUGGACAUGGAUAUGGAUAUGGAUUUGAUGCUAGAGGAAUAUUCAGCAACGCCGUCACCCCUCUCCUUCGAUAUCUCAGAUCUCACCAGCAUCGACACUGGGAUGGGCUCUCUGACAAACGACUCGGCGCUGAGCGCCAUCACAGACUACUCAUUCGACCUCACCAAACCAGUCGACUUUGGCAGUACCAUUGGCGGUGCCCCGCUAUGCGCCCCUGAAGCUUCCCUUCAGCAACAACCACCGCCUGUUGCUGCUCCUAUCAACGAUGACUUCUUACUGUCAGCAACGGACUCAGUACACGUCGGAGCUGCUUUUUCGGGUCACCCGUGUAACUGCCAUGCCCGAGCGCUCGAGGUUCUCAACCAGCUUUGUUCGCUAGAAGGCGGAACGGCCGACAAAACGCCAGGCGAGAUCUCGCCGCAAGCACUCCUCGACGCGAACGAGCGCACGCUCGACGCGGUGGGCAACAUACUGCCCUGCUUCUGCUCCAAAGACGGCUUCCUACUGGUGACCAUGUCCUUGGUGGCGUUCAAGGUGAUGGCCCGCUAUGAGGCCGCGGCACGACAGCAGACGCCGUCCUGGUCUUGUGCGGCGCGGGGACCAAGUGGGAUCAUGGAAUCCACGGAAGAAUCCCUCGGGCGCGGCAGCGCGAGCAGUCACGGGGAAAACGCUCAAACAGGACGAGCGGACGAGCGGAACGCCGCCCAGGUCGUCCUGAGCGAGCUGUAUAGAGUGCAGCGGUUUGUCAGGGGCCUGGCCAAGCAGCUGAAAGAUAUGGCAGGCUUGGACAUGAGCGCAAAUAUCUGUGCCGAGCGGCUCUUUCUCGGGUCCCCGCAGUACGACUCCCGAGGUGCAGACUCCCUGAUGAGUGGGGUCUUUAAUGAUCCUGCUCUUCCCUUCUCGGCGGCUUUCUUUUGUCAGCUAGAGACAGAUCUCCGCAGGCGCCUGCGUGGCCUAUCGAAAGAGCUUGCCGACCUUGUGCGGACAAUAUAGAGGGCUGGUUCCAUAGAUUACAUGCGCAUUACCUGCAGACACUACAUAGAUCUCUGACCUCACGGUUCCAGUCCGGCGUCAUCUGGCCGUCCAGAUUGUUCAAUAUUGAAUGCUAUCAUAUUUCACCGCAACUUGCUGUUCGACUUACUGUCUCGCAUUUCGAAAACCGCUAUGAGUUGUCUCUUCUCGGUCUCUCAAGUGGGCACGGC